AUGGCAGGAGGAAAGGACGGCGUAGUCCAGAGGGUGAUUCGUGAGGUGAGCGCCGGGACCGGGUUCCCAAUGCUCACCAAGACCAACUACUCCGACUGGGCGCUGCUCAUGAAGGUCAAGCUCAGAGCCCGGUUGCUCUGGACCGCCAUUGAGAAAGGGGGCGUCGAACCCCACGAAGACAUGCAGGCGCUCGACGCGCUCUGCAGCGCCGUGCCGCCGGAAAUGUGGCCGGUGAUCGCGAACAAGGAGACGGCCAAGGAGGCCUGGGAGGCUAUCGCCACCAUGCGGAUCGGCGAUGACCGCGUAAAGAAGGCGUCGGCUCAGAACUUGCGGCGGCAGUUCGACUCGGCGACGUUCAAGGAGGGAGAGUCUGUUGAGGACUACGCGCUGCGUCUCAACAGCAUGGCGUCGACUCUCAGCACCCUCGGCGACAAGGUCGAAGAGACGCAGGUAGUGGAGAAGAUAAUCCGCAGUGUUCCCCAGCGUUUCAGGCAGAUCGUGGUCGCGAUCACGAUGCUGCUCGCGGAUUUGACGGGUCGGCUCAAGGCGGCGGAGGAUGCCUUCGAGGAACCGCCGUCGGCUAUGCACCACGAGGGCAAGCUGUACCUGACUGAGAAGAGUGGGAUGCACGGCGGAGGAAGCGUGAUGAUGAGAAAACUGGUGGUGGAGGUAGCAGCAGCGUGA